CUAAAAUUUAUCGCUUCGAAUCCAUCGAUCAGCUCUAGCGGUUACUCUCUCUCUCUCUCUCUCUCUCUCUCUCUCUAUUUAUGAACCCCUUUGGCAGAUUUAGAGUGACACUGCAAAACUGAUUCUGGAGAAUCUGAUCUGCAGAACGAAGUUGUUCAGGCAAUCCAUAAAAAUGGCUUGCGGCUCACUAGUUGAAAAGGAUUUCAUGAAUGCAGAGAUGAUCAACAACUCUGACCCUGAAAAUUGCCAUAAGGAUGAACUAUUAACACCUUCUGAUUCGGAGAAAGAAGAUAGGGAGACAGCUCAAACCCUCCAUUUGUUUGAAAACAACUCUAUUGCAGAAAGUUUUACUCCACAUAAUACCAAUCACGAUGAAGGGCAUAAUUCAGAAGCUAUUAAACCUAAAAUGCCCUUGUUGCCACCAGCAUUUUCCUCUGUUGGCGUUCGAAAACCUUCACUUCUGGAGCGAGCAUUAUUGUUUCCGGGACUCAGCCGAGAUGUGAUGCUUUCCGGUGACAAGGCCGCAUCGCCACAGCUAACUAUCUUUUAUGCUGGGACGAUCAACGUGUACGAUGAUGUUCCCUUUGACAAGGCACAAGCCAUCAUGCUUCUUGCUGGACAGAAGUCCGUAUCAGCCACUGUUCAUGAAAAUAUAACAAAAACCGAUGUGAAAAAGCCGCUGAAUCCACAUAACUUGCCUCCAGUUUGUGGCCAAUUAAAUGCAGGCGUCCUUCCACUUUCAAGAAAAUUCUCCCUCCAACGCUUCCUCGAAAGACGCCGUGGCAGGAUAACAAACAAGGCUCCAUAUGCCACUUCCAACACAAAACAUGAUGAGCCAACUACUGCAACCAAUGACUUGAACCAAAGAAGAAGGUUGACUCUCUCACCUUUCCCUUCAAGAUCAGCAAAUUUUUAUCCUGCUUGCAUAUACCCAUAAAUAAAGCCGCCUUCUUAUUAUUAUUAUUAUUAUUUGAGCCGAAGCUUAGGUUUAAUUACUUCCUUCUCUAUCUAUCUAUUCAUAUGAUGUAUUUCCUAAUUCCUCCUCUUUGUCUUGUACAAGUAACUUUAGUCAACAAAUUAAGCAGCUUUUAACAAACAAUGAAUAAGAAAUCUAGGUUGGGUUCGGUUUUUA